AUGUCAACCACUCGAAGCCCAGCAGCUGUUGCUAUUGCAAUGCAAUGCCAAAUAGUCCUGCGCAUCCAAUACAGAGGCGAAAGAGCGCUCUACCUCAAAGAAGGAGCGAACAAUCUGAACCAAGGCGAAUUUCUACGGUUCGUCGAAGAUGAUCUACGAUGUCUUGGGUUCCCACAUCCAUGGUGCAAGCAACCGAGUCACCAAUCUGGUGACGUGAAGUGCGGCUGGCUCUCACUGGACACGCCUCAGAACGCCCAUGCGAUGAGAUUGCGGGAACGUAUACUGCAGGCUUUCUCGAACGUCGAAAAUCGCAAAUACAUCCCGCUUCUAGAGAGAAAACUGAUCGCUGACCUACGGCUGUACGACGGCAACGGGGAGCAAAUGAUUCGAGUGCCUAAAAAUCAGAUGACCAAUCCUACGGCUUCCAACAUAGGCAAGGCCUCUCCGCCUGUAAAGUCAACGCUCAAAGCUAGGAUGUCCGCAUCACCUGUUGCUCGCCCCCCUUACAGACGUGCCAGAUCUAUGUGCGCGAAAAUGAGCGUCAUUGCUGCCGCAAGAAGCGUCAAGGCAAUCGAGUCUCUGUUCGACUGCCGCUCGUCCGAAUUCAAGUUGGUGUUGCGUGAAGGUGUGUUCUUUUUCCUUUCGAAUGCUUGUGAGACUAACGGACAGUACAUACACCAGUCUGUUGAUGCUAUUACUGCUCACCACUCGCAAGAUGCAGUCAACGAGUCUCGUCGGCCUCUCCAGCCCUCGAACAAUUCCGCACGGCGAACAGAUACGGAGUCAACUCUCACAACGUUACGCUCCCCUCCAAUGCGACAUGACCCGGCCCAUGGUCCGGAACGACGCCAUAUUACCAUGACUUCAGCACACUGCGGCACCAUCUUGACAAACUCUACGCUUGUGCCAUUGCCUGCUUGGACACUCCUUCGCGAGAUAUCACCGUCACUUCCUCCUUCUGUACCGGCACGAUUGUCUGAGGCGUCGUCGUGUUUUCUGGAUGGGUCCCUGUCUCACAGUUCGUUCAGUUCUCCUUCUCCACCGGGCCCUCCUCUGCGUCGAGUGGCUACGACCAGAGACUCUGAUCAGGAAUAUCCAGCAAUCAAUGUCAUGUCAACUGAGUUGACCCUAUCAGGUCUAGCAGCAGCACCUUCUCCUGUCCGAGGCACUAGCAUUCUUGAGUCUUCCUGCGAAGAGUCUCUCCCCCUUUUUCUGCCAUCAGCGUCCACAUCAGCGUCCAGCGAUUAUUCCAAACCAUUCGCAGAUCAAUGUAACGGUCGAGACCCUUCCCCUCCUGCAGCACCCGCUACGGCCACGGCGGCACCGUCCGGCUUUUCCGAGUCCCCGGUGUCUGUAUCUGAGAACCUGCCUGCAGCCUCUGACGACGAGUCUAAAUCGCCUCAUCUCCAGGGAAACGCGCCCAUUCGCGAAUCUGCAUCUGCACACACGCUCACGCAAUCUAGCGCAGGAUCUGAGGUACGCGAGUCCGCGCCCGAUCUGCUGGACCAACUGUGGAGGGCCAACGCCGAGCUGCAAGACGAGAUAACCGCGCUCCGAACCCAGCUCGCGCAGGAGUCUGGUGCGCGGUACACCGCGGAGAUGGCGUUGCGCGUGGAGGGCGAGCGGCGCAUUCAUGCGGAAGACGCCUUGGAAGAUAUCCGGCGCGAAUGCAGGGAACCGUUCGUCGUGCCUGCGCUGAUGGACUCGUUCGUGAAACUGGCUCAACUCACUGGAAAUGUCCUUUUCGAGACUGGAUCUUGA